AUGAUAUCAAUACCGAAUAAAGAGACUCAGCAGACUAUUUACCUAACCAUCCGUUUAAUUGAAGCUAAGUUUGAAAACAACGUAGUUCGAUUAGGAAAAAUGAGCCCUUAUGCUGAAAUUCGACAUGGUGAGCAGAUCUGGAAAUCUCAAGCCGCUGCAGGACAACAUCUUUCUCCUCACUGAAAUCAAUCCUGCACCUUUAUUUCAAAAAGCUUAUUUCCCUACUUUUCUCUUGUUUAACGUGCAAACCCUUUCGAAAGUCUUUAUUUUUGGGAAAUCAACCCUUAGUUCUCAAGCAAAAUUAUUUAAUUAUAAAUUAUUGUGAUAUAUAAUUAAUAAUAAUGAAGUUUAAAAGAAAUUCUAUAAAAUCUCUAGCUUCUAUCAUCCUACAACAUUAAUUUUCAAAUAAAUUAGAUUUUUCAUUUAAAUAUUUACAAAUCUUGAGAAUUUAAUAUAAAUUUUUUAAAACAAAAAUAUCUUCUUUGGUAGCAAGCAAAUAUCAGUCGCUAACCAAGAGUAGGGAAGUUAGAAAUUCGAUUCCUACACAAAUCGAGAAUCUUUUCUGAUGUAGAAAUAGCAAAAAUUACUAUAAAUAUUGAUCAGUCAACCCGCAAAAAAGGUGCCAGUUGAUGAAAUUUAGCAGAAGGCUCUGGACGAGUUUUAUUAUGCUUUAUAUGAGACCUAGCAGAAGAAAUGCGUAAUUCUGGGGUUGAUUAUAAAAAAUUAAUCCAGGAGGUGGAGCUUGAAAAAGAAGAAGUAAAAUUUUAUAAGAAAAAAACGCAACAAAAGCUAUGGAAUUUAAAAAUUGAGAGCAAUUCGUGCAAAAAACAUAUAAAAAAGGCUACGAAUACAGAAGAAAGCACUCAUUCAGAUACAGAAGAAUCAAAUUUAAAAAGCCCAAGAACCAGUUUUGGGAGAAAUUCUGGUAAAAUUGAUAGGAUUAGAGAAUAUAAAUAAAUAUAGUGUCUUGCCCGGGUACAAGCACAUAUUUAUUUAUAUCUGGCAAGGUUUUGCUGGCCAAAAAAAAAAUCAUGCUAGGCCAACAGGGCAAUAUCCAGCGUGAAACUAAGAGUUUGCCACAAGCUGUUUUGGGAUUCUUGAGUGCAAAACCUUGUUCUACCCAAGCAGCAGUGCAACUCAGUACCCUGCCCACUCAGCACUGUAGGCUACGAAGCAAGGAUGGAAGACAGCGCCAUCGAACUUAACUUUAGAAGAUCAUAACGUCAGAGCCGAAGGGAUAUCAAAGAGGAGUUCGAGUCGAUAUGCCAAGCGAAUUCUUGUACCAGAUCAAACAAGUUCUCCCUGGAGACGGUACAAAGUGGGUGAAUUCUCUAUGGAUCCUUGGCGACUGCGUCAGCAAUAGGCAGCAGCCAGACCUGUAAUAAGUUUAAGAAAGUAUUAGAGAAGAAAGAGAAAAAAUAAAAAACGAGUAUAAAAUGAUGAUGGAAAUAAGGAAAAAAGCCAGCAGAGAAUAUGAAGAAAUUAUGAAAAAGAAAGCAGUUAUGAGAAGGGAAAUGGAAAAUAAAGGGAUGCCAAGAAAUAGCUCAGAAGAAAGAAUAAGCCAAAAAGAAGAAAUCCUAAUUUUCCCUUACAAAAAUAAUUAAAAAAUAAUUUAUUUUUUAAAAAAAAUUCCAAAUACUUAUAGUAUAGAAAUUGCCCCACACGGGAAUCGAACCCACGUGUGGGGCCAUUUUUGGUACGUGUAAGUCGAUGUUUUACACAUACCAAAAAUGGCCCACACACGUGGGUUCAAUUCCCGCUUAGGGCCGGUUUUUUGAAUUGCCCGAGGAUGGCGCAAAAUAGCGCCAUCCUCGGGCAAUUUCUAUAUAUUAUCAGGGUUAAGCAAAUAUUCUGAAAUAAAGCAAGUAAAAAUGACUUUGAAAAUGAAAGAAACUAUUAUCGAAGAGGAUACACAUACAAUUAUGAGCAUGUUUGAGCAAAUCCAAAAAGAGCGUGAAGAAUUAGAUUUAAAAAAAAGUGUUGCGAAUUUUGAGAAUUUCAAGCCUAUUAGAGUGUAA